AUGACUAUCUUAAUCACAGGUGCUACAGGGUUCAUCGCCCUUCAUAUCAUCCAACAAUUAUUAGAACAAAACUAUAAAGUUAUUGGUACAGUUAGAUCAUCAACAAAAGGUGAUGAUUUAAUAACAAAAUUUAAUAAUUCAAAUUUUCAAUAUGAAAUAGUAUCAGAUUUAACAAAUUCUCAAGAAUUUAAUGAAAUUUUCUCAAAAAAUAAAGGUAUAAAGACUGUUAUACAUACAGCUUCUGGUGUUACUGUUACAAAUGAAGUUGAAAAAUAUUUAUUGGAACCUGCUGUUAAAGGAACAACAACAAUUCUCAAUUCAAUAAAAAAUCAUGCUUCAGGUUUGGAAAAUUUUGUCUUUACAUCAUCUGUUGGUGCUUUAAAUACACCAGGUCAAGAUGGGAAGGGGAUUUAUAGAGAUGAAUCAACUUGGAAUACUACAACUUGGGAACAAUCAAAAAUUCAUCCAUUAUUAGCUUAUUGUUUUGCAAAGGCUGAAGCUGAAAGAUUAGUUUGGAAAUUUUCUAAAGAGAAUGAAAAUAUUAAUGUUACUGUGAUAAAUCCAAGUUUUGUAUUUGGUCCACAAGUUUUCCAAAGUUCAGUUUCUAAAACAUUAAAUUCUUCAAAUGAACUUAUAACUACAAUUUUAAAAGAUGGUGAAUCUUAUAAUAAAGUUCAAGGUCAUUUUAUUGAUGUUAGAGAUGUUGCAAAAGCUCAUUUAUAUGCUUUUACUAAACCCGAAGUAUUUGGGAAAAGAUUAGUUUUGAUUGAUGAUCAUUUUACAGAACAAAGUAUAAUUGAUUCAUUAAAUAAACAAUUCCCAGUUUUACAAGGUAAAAUUUCUAAAGGUGAUGAAUCAAGAAAAAGAGAUGUUGUUUAUCAAGAUAAAAAUGUUAUAAAUACUGAAAAGACUAAAAAAUUAUUAGGUUUCAAAUAUAUUUCAUUAGAUGAAUCUUUAAAAGAUACUAUUCAACAAAUUUUGGAUGCUAAAGUUUUCAAUGAAUUUGAAUAA